AAUUCCUGAAUUUCAUCUUGUUCUCGCUGAUUAGGGAUUCGAUCGAUCAUAUAUGGCGGCUUAUCGGUGGAAGAGUUUCAAUGAGAACGAAGAUCGUCCGGAAAAACCCCGCAGCUACGGCGUCACCGAGAUCAGAAGUCCUCACUACUCUCUCCUCACCCAAAAUCUUCUACAGGAUAUUUUCGAUAACAUGGGAAAUUUUGUUGACGGUCUAAAGUUUGCUGGAGGAUCACAUAGUUUGAUGGCCAAACCUUACAUUAAAGAAGUUACUGACAUGGCUCAUAGACACAAUAUAUAUGUCAGCACUGGUGGCUGGGCAGAACAUUUACUACGACAAGGGCCAUCGGCUUUCAAAGAAUACAUAGAAGAUUGUAAGCAGUUGGGUUUUGAUACCAUUGAGCUUGAUGCAGGAUCACUUGGAAUUUCUGAACAAAGUCUAUUGAGAUUCAUUCGAAUGGUUAAGAGUGGGGGUCUCAGGGCUAAGCCUCAGUUCUCUGUGAAGUUUAAUAAGUCUGACAUUCCAUUGAUUGGGAAUAGAGCAUUUGGUGCAUAUGUAGCCCCAUCAUCUAAAUCCUCAGAUAUCAUUGAAGAUGUAGAUCUAUUGGUUAAGAGGGCUGAAAGAUGCCUAGAAGCUGGGGCUGACAUGAUAAUGAUCGAUGCUCAAGACCUCUGUGAACAGGCUGACUCAAUGCGGGCUGACAUAAUAGCAAAGAUCAUUGGACGACUUGGACUUGAGAAAAUCAUGUUUGAAGCUUCCGAUGAUAAAACUUCUGAAUGGUUCAUUAAACAAUAUGGUUCAAGGGUAAAUCUCUUUGUGGAUCACUCUCAGGUGAUGGAUUUGGAGUGCCAUCGUGGCCGCAAUCUGGGUAAGGAUCACCUGUCGGUUCUCGGUUCCUCCUUUUUUCAAUUCUGAAAGUGUUUAGUCGCUCAAUUGUGUUGUUGUACUCGGAUUGAAUGCUUGUGAACCUAGUGAUGUCAUGUACCAAACUAUUUUGAAUAAAAAUGAACCCGUGUUGAUGUUACUUUGGAAUUAUUGAGAAUUUCUUUCUUAUGUGA